AUGCCCUUUGAGGCCGCUUACACAAUCGGCAGAGCGCAACCGAUCUCUCCUUGUAGCAAUCGUAAAAUACCUCAUGGCAAUUUGCAGGCCGACAUGAGCGGCGCGCGACCACCUGGUACCGCUCUCGUACAGUCGCACAAAGAAGGUGGUUACAUAAGUAGCGGUGGAUACGGCGGCGGUGGGUUCGGCGGUGGUGGAUUCGGCGGCGGCCACGGCUUAGGCGGCGGUGGUUAUGGCGGCAGUGGCGGCGGAUGGAAAUUAGGCGGCGGUGGUGGAUACGGCGGCGGUGGAUACGGCGGCGGUGGUUAUGGCGGCGGUGGAAAGGUCAUCAAAGUGAUCGCGCUCAGCGGCGGUGGUGGAUACGGAGGUGGUGGAUACGGAGGUGGUGGAUACGGCGGCGGCGGCGGCGGAUGGAAACUCGGCGGCGGCAGUGGAUGGAAAUUGGGCGGCGGCGGCGGAUAUGGCGGUGGUGGAUACGGCGGUGGUGGAUACGGCGGUGGAGACAAGCUCUUUUUACAUCAGUGUCAGUUGCCAUCAUCCAUUAAUACCAAUGAUCCAGUUUUGUACUCGCUCGCGGUUUUGUACGUUUGA